CAUGCAGUGGUUGCAGAGGCAAACAAAAUUACUCCGAACUUUGUUGUUCGAAAAUUAUGGCAGAGUUCGAUCAAACAGUCAUUUACGAUUGGAGACUUGGGAACCAUUACUUCAGGCACACAUUAGCUGUGAUUCGCAGGGAUCUAGGACCUACUAAGACCAAAUACUAAAACCCUUUAGUUUCGGUGGAAAGCCGGACCGCUUCCGCGCCUGCGGCCUUGUGGCCGAACGUGGGAUUUCGUUUUGCAGUCAUGAGUGCUAAAGUCAGAAUAUGGCUUUGACUAUUGUGCAGCAACACUUAUGGUCACAGCUGAGCUUCCUACUUGGACACAGUCCUGUGCGCGAGGAUUGGGAUGGUGCCUGUUUGCACUUGGCUAGGGACAUCCUGCGGCACAAUGACCCCGACUGCCCGGAGAGCGAGCGGUGUCCAGUCGCGGACGAUCACUACGACCUGCUGGUCAGCGUGUGCCUGCCGUACGUCAUCCAGGCGUGCAAGGCGGUCAUAGAGCAGCGCGCGGUCACCGAGCAGUUCUCCGAGCCUGAGUCACAGAUCUUGGCCACGCUGCACUGGCUGCUGCUCAACGACACCACUCCAUUUUCGACGCAGGGGAACCUGGUGUCAAGAAAGCCAAUUCUGGACUACAGCGUAGUGGAGUUGUUCGUGUCUUCGUUAGUUCCCAUCUUGGGCAAUCUCGACUCGGAGGACUUUGGGCCGUCGACGAACAAGCCGUGGAAGGAUCUGUGGGGCCCGCUGGUGGCCGGCGUGCCACCCGACGUGACACUGUUGGUGCAGCCGUGCGCCGUGCUCGGAUCUGGCGGUCGCCUUGUGCCACCGGAGCAGUGCGCCGUCUGGUUGGACAUUGCGGCGCUGCUAUCGCUGAGCUGGUCAGACUGGAGCGACCAGGCGCGCGCCUGGUCGCUGACCUACCUGCGCAACCGCGUCAGCACGCUCUGCUACGCCAAGGGCAACGUGCCGCGCGGCUUCCAGAUGUCCAUGUCCGUACACAUGCACGCCAGCACCACCAGCACCUCGUCGUUCCCGUUCGCCGGGCCCGUCUCUCUGGACAACUUUCUCGAUGAAAACGUCCUCCACCUGGAGAGUGUUGUGGAUACAAUCGUCAGCAUGCAUGUGCCCGAAGAGGUGGACGAGGAAGUCCAGUUUGCCUCCCUGCAGCUGCUGCAGACCGCCAUUGAGCUGAUGUGCAAGCAGAUUCACGACGAGACUGAGUCUCUGCUGACUAACUCAGCGAGUGAUGAGAGCUUGGUCCUUAAAGAUGGGAAGCUGCUGAGCCCACAGACCGAAGCGCUGUUCCACAAGAUUCUGUCGGCAUUGCUGGAGGUGACCGUUCGGUGCGGCUGUUAUCAGAAGAACUGUCGGGAAGGCCUGAAGGGCCUCAAGGGCGCCAACUUCCACCACCAGAUCCGCAGCCUGUUCACAGCCAUGUGCCACAUCGAUAGCCAGGCAAUGCGGCUGCAUCUGAACACGUUUGCCGAGGUAUCGCCCAUCGAGAAGACCUUGUUUUGCUUGCACUGCCUACUGGGCGUGUGUAGCCGCUCCAAGCCCGCGCAAGACCAGAUGGCGGAGAGCAGCGCUAAGGAGACACAAGCGCAGUCCGGAACCGGCGACAAGUCCAGCAAGAGUCCCAACUCUUCGAUCAAGCAGCGGUAUAAUGGCACGGGCAGCCUGAGGAAGCACUUGCACAACCUGCUACCCGACUCGGCAUCUGGUGCCGGCGAGUUCAUUAUGAAUCUGGCUAGCCGCCCCAUUCGGAAUAUUUCCAGCUUGAAGGACCGCUUGAUCAGCGAGUACCGUGACAAGGACUCUGGCGUACCGACGGAGAAGCGCUUGAAACACGCCAACGCCAUUGACAUCAGCAAGAGCAACGACUCCAUUGGCUCUGUGGAUACGCGCCGCCGCCGCCUGCGCAAGUCCAAGUCUCUGGCGCUGCGGUUCAACAAGGACAAGCUGAUGAGCGGCGACUGGUUUGAGACUUCGCGCAGCAAGCUGAUCCGCUCGCACUCCGCCGAGCAGCCCACUGGUCCGCCGUCAAUCAAGUUCAACGUGGCAAAGUUAGACGGGUUCAUUCUCAAGCACACAUUGCGUCCUCUUGUUGCCCAGCUAGGAAGAGUUGACAUGAUGGCACCAGUUAACGAGAUGACUGCCAAGGAAGCGUGUCGACUGGUGGCGUUUGCCAACUGCAAUCAUGACAAAGUGCUGCGCAGCGUCAUCCUCCACUGCUUGCUGUCAACUCGCCCUCGCGAGCCGAGCAAGCCGCAGGCGUCCGCCGCCAAGAGGAGCUCGAAAACGUCGUCGGGUUCGCAGCACUCUCCCUUUGGGCGCUCGUCCAGCGCCUCUGUGGCCGUGUCAAGCUACUGCAUCGGACAGAAACCGGCCAACGUGCCGCCCGCAGUACCGGAGGAGGCUGCCGCCGAGCCGCCGAAGAAGUCUGAUUUGGUGGCCGGCCGCACUGUCACUUUGGUCAAGGGGGCCAGCGUGGAGGCCGUUCCGGCCCUCUCGUCUUGCGUGGAAAUCAAGGACAUGUCCGAGUACCAGCACUUGGGAUCGAACCGCAAUCGGAGCUUCACCCUGCCGGGCAAGUCCCUGGUCUUGGAUGAUUUUGAGGGCCGAGAGCGCAGCCAGACGUCGCGCUUCCGAAACUUCAUCCCCGACAGCAUCUGGUGGAAGGGCAACAAGACGGAAUCGAGCGGCAGUGGUGGCAGCAGUGGCAGGGAUUCCAUUCAGACGGAGUCGGCAUUCAGCACCUCUGCUCCCGUGACGCCCAAGCCGAGCCACACCCAGCAGCACAACAAAAUACCCAUCUUGACACGCGAGAACACGGAUGAGAACAGCAGCAACAAGCGGAACGAAAUUUCCGACAGCAGCAACGCACAGUCCUACCUCUCCAACAUUAACAGCGAUCAGAUGCACACCGGUUUGGUGUCGCUGGCCGCUCUACUGCAGUGCUCGGAAAGUGGCAGCCUGCCGGACGCUAACCUCAUCGCUGCCACACUGGACCUUAAUUGUCCCAUUGUGGCCAGGGCUGCGUUCCUGAUCGAGUGCACCCUGCUGGUGAGGGACUGUCGCGAGCGUCGCUAUCCCGCCUGGAUGGUGAUGGAGAACCAGCCGUUUGAUGCUGCCGUGCACAACUUCUGGCUGUGGGGCCAGGCGCUGGCCAACAAACUGCAGGAGAUCUUUGAAAAACAUGAGGACAGUCGUCGUUCCGUUGCCGUAACAGUUCAGGAUGUUGACGGACCUGUCUGUCUGAAUCCGACUCCACAGUUAAUGCCUAAGACGCCGCAGGCCACGUACCAGCUGUUCCCGAUAGCAUGCCAACUGCUCUUUGAAAUCUCGGCAUACCUGCGCGAGGUCUCCAACGGCACUAGCAGCGGCAUUGCCCGCGGCGCGAGCUCGUGCAACAUAGCGCGCGCUCCCGUAACGCAGGACUCCAUGCGAACGUUCAAUAACCAGGACGCGGCCAGAACGCCCGUCAGCCAGGACUCUGCACGAUCGUUCCACUCCUCGCGCAUAUCCCGCACCGAACACCAUAGAGCUGCCGUCGCACCCAAAGCGCAGUUUGCCAUGGUUGCCGCGGCAGCGGCGGCUGCAGCCGUGCAUCAGGGCUCGGUGCGUCGGCGUUCGGGCGGACCAGUGCCAUCACGGCUGAGCACGAGCGAUGCCGCCGCCAUGUCGCAGGUGGACGUGCGCGCAAAGUCGCCGUGCUUGAGCGAGGACUCGCACGCCUCCAUGCCCUGCUCCACGUGUGGCCCGACCAUAUCCGUGGAAACUGCGGGCACGUCGCUGCACACCAGUGCUGUGGUUGGAGAAAUGCAUGAGGAUUACACAGCACCGACAAUGGCUUUGGAGGUGGCGUCCGGUCACGGUGCAUCCGAUCUGCUCCUCGCUCCACCGUUGCGUGCUCAGACCGUCCGCACGCCUUCCAUGUCGUCGGCCUUUUCCAGCGUGUCGACGUCGUCCGCCGUCUCUGCAGUGUCAGGCAGUUCGGGUGUGUCCGGUAACUCGACCGACUCCGAGCCGCUCAGCGUGUCGGCGUCCAACUCGGCUGCACGCAUGACCAAGCUGAGGAGUCAGCUACCCGCUCGGCGCGGACUGAAGAUCCGCCACGACCUGUCGCCGGCAAGUACUUCUACCGUGCGGCUGGGUGCGGACUUCACGCAUACGGUGCGUCGGAAAGAGAACCACUCACGGCGAAGCAGUGUCCACCAAUUGGAGGAUCCGUAUGGCGUGCCCAAGAACUUGCUGCAGUCACAAGACUGCGACUGCUUUCCUUGGCUGGACAUCGUCAGCAAGAUGCUUAUCAAGGCCUGCGUGUCGUCAGGAAGCUGCCAAGGGCAUUGCAACCAAAAAGAGUGCAUAUCACUGGUCUAUAAGGAGGCAACAGCGCUGCUUCAAGCCGUUGGUCACGUCUACAACCAUGACUCAGACAGCGUUGUUCCGGCACAGCAGUGGCUGCCAAAACGCUCCCAGAGCAACUCGUCCAUUCGGAAGCAUCUGGAGGAGCGACUGGCAGAGAGUGGCAGCUCCAGUGCAGGUAUGGGUCUUGACUCAACGUUUCUGAUGGACUUGGAUCCGAUGAAGAAACUGCCCAAGCCCAACGGGAGAAGACGGUCAAAUACGAUGCAGAACACCCAGGCCAACUUGAUGAUCGUGAACACCACCGUGCCGUCGAUUUCAUCUGUCGAGAGAGAGCGCGAUCAAGUGCGCAUUGACUAUAUCACUGAGUCGACGGAAAAUCUGAUUGGCGUGUCGCACAGAGUGCUUCUCUCCUCGGCUUCAGUGAUCACCCGCCGACACUUUGACCGCAUCGUUCCAGCGCUCUGGGACCAAACACUGGCAUCUAACCGUGAAAUGGCCGUAUCUGCAGGCUGCCUGUUCUUGCUUGCUGGAAUUCGAUCUCCGGAGAAAGUCAAAUUGCAGAUGAGGUCUGCAAUGAAGGCCAAUGAUCCACAAGAGCGAGUGGACGCAUUGAAACGGUUCAUGUUUCUCUGGAACUGCCGAAAUCAAGUCUGGGCACGAGCAGAUCAGACAGCGCCUCGGAACUACAAGGUGACCAACACACACAUCGCCAUAUCCUUGCCGCAGCCGCUGAUCGGUAUAGCUACGUUGCCACUGGCAUAUCCACCGUGGAGUGCAGCACCCGAUGCUCCGAUGGAUGAGAACAGCAAUCUUAUGGGCAUGGAGUCCGAGGCUGAGAGCGGUCUCAAGUCAACCCAAUCACAUCGAUUCAACCUGAAGGGCACUAUCGAGCUGAUUGGCAACUCGGCAACGGCCGAAGCCGAAGAUUCGAAAUCCGGCCAGUCCGGCAAGCAUGCUACUGACUGUGACUGCAAGGUAUGCGAGCAUGUCAGGGAGCGGCAUCGCGAGGAGACGCACCUCACCGAGAUCAAUCUGGCGCACGAGGCGUCCAUCGAUCAGAUGCUGGACAAAGCGUCUUCCAGUCUCGGGCCCACCUCGUCAUUCCCACUGUCAGCAGAUGAGUACAACACGAACCGGCGCAACAUGCUGUUCCCGCCGUCCAUCAGCGCGUCCAGCCUUCAGAUCGUGUCGCUGCUGCAGGACACGGCUGCGGGCACAAGCGUCGGAAAGAUGGUGAGUGACAUUGCUCGUGAGGUGAUUGUACACUGCACCACCGAUGAACCGGCUCUCUUCUUCCGGCCGUUCAUGGAGAGAGCGACAAGCAUCAAGGAGUGUAACCGGUGCCUGGAUAUCUUGCGCAUCCUGAUUUCACACAUCUCACCAUUGCCAGCGCAGUGCAGCCAUUUCCUACUCAAUCUUCUGCUUGCCGUUGUCAUCCACCACAGCAAGCAGCGGACUGAUUCAAAGGCGCAGGAUGUCAUCUCGAAAGCUCUCUCCAUCUUGUGGAUUGUGGUGUACUCGUGUCGCGGUGUUGAUAUGAAGCUGUUGAAGGAGCGGCUGAAGAAGGAGUACUGCGAUACUGACGUAUUGACUACAUCGCGUCUGACAACAGUAAAGAACGUAGUUGUCCUCUUGCCAGAAGGUCAUUUCCUGUCUAAAGUCAACGUACCUGUAACCUCUGAGACGACGUUCGGAACAAUUCUCGGUGAAGCGCUCAGCAAGAUUGGCCAGAUGGAUGAUGGAAGCUUCUGCUUGGUGGAAGCGAAAGCAAAUGCAGCUCUCGUUUCUACUCACUUUGUCGGUGACCAUUUCAGCCGGCGAAGAGAGCACCGAGAGGACCUGACGCUAAGACUUGAGACGAUGCGUCCGGACCGUUGCAUGCAGAUGGAAAGUCUGGCGUUUGGUUACAAAACCGGUGAGAUUAGCCGUGUUCUCUUUGCCAGCUCCGUCAUGUCUAUGGCAGAAGUCACACGUAACAGGAUAUCACACAAGGCUGUGGAGUUUCUCCACCAUGAGCUCAGCAACCAGAAGGCGUUUCCGCGCCGGGCUGUGGACAGCGAUUUCGAUCUCUUCUACUUCCUGGAGGACAGAGCGGGUCUGUUUGGAUGCGACAAGCUGCACAAACGUGUCUGGGUUCGAUUUGUGUCGAUCCUGUUCGAUGGCCUGCCGAGCACGUUUGAAUGGGGCCCGGAAGCCUCGCUCUUUCUCAGUGUGCUGAACGGUGCAGUGUCGUUGCAUAGCGACGACAAUGCCCUGCUGCGUCACACCUGUGCUACCUACAUCAACGCCAGUCGCAAGUUUGUGCACCUGUUCCCGCUGCACGGCUAUGAGCCAAUCCUGGCAGCGUUGCUCACUUGCUAUUCGUCCAGUAAGGAAAGCAGCCUGGUCCGAAAGUCAGUCGAGUACACCUGUCGUCAGUUCUACAAUCGUCACGACGUGGGCUUUAUUCUGCAGCUACUGUCGUCCGCUGCUCAUCAGAUGCUUACACCCAACAUGCCCUACUUCAUGAAGAAGAAGAAGGCGCCACCUCAGGUGAGCCCGCAGAGUGUGGUCUCGCUGCUGCAGUCGAUGACGGUGACAAACCCUGAGGAUCCGCUGUGCAUCGGUGACCUGAUAGCCAUGUUACAGUCCAAGGGCCACCACACGGACCCCAUCACUGUAACACAUGUGGGUGCCCAUCACACCGACGGUGCAAACGGUGAAAACCUGACAGCGGCUGAGAAGACGAUGGGCAGUACAAACGCUAGCCACUGGGAGUACCAUCAGCAGGAUGCGCGCACCAUCAGCGCCAAUCCGCCCGUGGCCGUGCCACUGUUCACGUCCUCGCAGCGCUUUGCACAAACUGGAAGGAUUGGCCUGGCGGAGCUUGGUCGAGUCGAUGUGCCUUUCUCGCUGGUGGAGGUCUUGCGCAUCAUCGUGUCAGUGAUAGCAUUUGAGUCUGACUCCUUGCGUGGUGCUGAGAUGCUAUACGUCCUGAGGCAGAUCAUGCCGUUUGUGCUGAAGUUCAAGCAGGUUGCACGCAGCUCAUCUCUGAUUCUGACCGUGAUGAGAGCUCUGGUGCAUGGCUGCGAGAGCUUGUCUCGCUACACCUCUCUACGACCAGUACCGGAGAAGAAUUUGCGGCGUACCAGCACGUUUGACCGCAGCCGUCCACACACGCACUCGUCCAAUGCGCCGCGAGCGAGCCAGUCCAUGCCGGAAGAAGACGCUCACUCCAACAACGCGGGCAUAUCGGACCGAGCAGAAAAGCCCGGACAGAUGUCAUCGAAGUCGCUGUCUGUUCGGUUCGCCGAGUUCAGGGAGCCGCGCGACUGCCUGCUUCACAUCAUUGCUGACUAUGUCACGUCUGAUGCGUCGGUUAUCUCCUCAAUGAAUACUUCCAGUGUUCAGACACUGCUGAAGGUAACGGCAUCACUCAUCAAGACUGCUUCCAACAAUCACGAUGCCGACGCUCUGGAUGGAAUUGGUUUGCAAAGGUUUUUCACCGAUGUGUUGCCAGUUAUGGACUGGAAGUCAAGCAAGCUGCAGCCUCUGCUUGUGCGCCUACUGGACCGUGUCAUCAAGCUGCUGCAGCGUGUCGAGUCCAGUGCUGUCAGAUGGAACGGCCUCGGUCACAUCUGUCAAGGACUGUAUCUUGUAGUCCAGGCUCAGCCGUUUAUAGCACGCUUACCAUCAUUACUGCGUACCAUGGAGGAGCUGAUCCGCUUUGUGCUCAACCUCUCCAACAUCUCCAACCAGAUGCAGACGAGUGGGCCUACGGGUACGCUGUUCUAUCGUAUGCGAACAUGCUGCAACCUACGGGUACCGAUCACCGGCUACACUCCCAAGCCACCCAGCAAGAAUGCCAGCACGCCCAACAUGGAUGCGAGGGACUUCAGCACGGCCGUCGACAAGGUUAUCACGCCGUCCAUGGCUUUCUACGAGAUCGUCAUCCAGCUGCUCUCUGCCCAGAUGUCGGUGAUGGGGUCGGAGUUCUCGCUCGAGUAUAUCUGCGGUCCCCUGGAUCAGUUUGUCACCGUCAAGCCACUCAACUGCCAUCUGCUGUGCACUCUACUGCUGCCACUGUGUAUUCGCAUGGGCAGCGGGCAGUCAGAUGCUCCUAAGGUGUUGCAGCGUGAUGCUGACUAUGCGCUGGACUGCAUCCUGACCUGCCUGUCGGCAUUCAGCAACAUGCAAUCGUUGAACAACCCCACUGCUGCUGGCAGUGCUGGCCAGGGGGCGCAGCAGCAGAUGAAGACCUCGGCUAACAUCAACCCGGUGCAGUCGUUCGUCUCUCUCGGUCGCCGCGACAGUUCCGUCAGCGGGACCAUGGGAAUGGAGUCGGCGGCACCCAUGAUGCCCAUGUCCUCCGUAAUGCAGGGCCACGAAGGAUUCCGACUCAAGACCAUUGCGUAUCACGGGUUGAAAAUCGUCUCGGUGUGUUUUGAGCGUCAGCUUUCAUCUCGCUAUCACCUGAUUGCCCGUCAUCUGCAAUUCACCAGUGUGAGCAAGUCGUGCCUGGAUUUCAUGGAGUUUGUCCUGACGUCGCACAGUCCGCUAGAGGUUAUCCUGCGCCCAGUCAUUGUACAACAGAUGCAAGAGUGCAAGCUGAACGGUACGUUCCCGGACGAGAUUGCCCGCAUCCAGCAGCUGGUGGAGGUUGGUGAUCAUCUGCCAACACCACGUAGCACCCUGCUGCUCCAGCUUGCCAGGGAACUGCCGGAGCUGCUCAAAGUCGAGCCGGCACCAGCAGCUUUGCCAAGCAGUAACAAGUCGUCGGAGUGCUCUCGUGAUGAGUUUGCCGCUCUUCCCAGCAGACCGCCAGCCAGCACUCUGGGAGGUGCUCUCAUCUCAGUUGCGUCCUCUCCCAUCGGUCUCAUCUCAAGCAGAGGAAAUCGCCGUCGCUCGGCCAGUGACAGUAGUUAUCUCUACUCACAGUGGUCCACUCGCUCCAAUCACAAGCUCAAGAACAAGAAAAGUAUUACCAGGCCCCUUCUUUGACCCUGUGUCGCUUUGCUCGACAUGCCCCCCCCCCCCCUCUUCUCUGAUCCUGUGCCCACACACUCGACAUGUUCCCCUUCUUUGAAGCCGUGCCCCUGGGCUCGACAUGUCCCCCUCUCCAGGCAUGUGUCCCUGUGCUGGAUGUGUCAUUUCUAACCACUUAUCACUUGUCUGCUCUCAUAAUACAAUACAUCGUGAUUACUGCUGAAAAAUAUCUGCCAUGAAAUUCCCUCAUAUAUGCAUCACCAUAUGAAACAUUUCACAUUUUGAAUCAUCUCUUAAGUAUCCAUGAGUGACUGACCCUACGGAAAACACGUCCGUACACAACAGAAGUGCUCUGACGUUGCCUGGCAGGCUAUCUCUUAAUUUGCUAAAUCCUAUAUAUAGGAUUAUGGUCAUAUUUUUCAACUCAAAAUGGGUGUGGCAUGAGAAUAGCAAAAAGUAUGUGACCAAUUUUUCCUUGCUAGGUCUUAGUAGAUAUCGAGAGUUGAAUAAGAUAAUUUUUUCAAACACUAACAUCUCAGGCUCAUCUCCUUGCUCAAUAUUACUAAGGCCUGUGCCCUAUUUUUCGAAUCCUAUAAUAUUAUAUAGGAUUUGAGAUUUUAUUGGACCUUGUUUUAUCCUUAAAACUGGUAGUUUCAUGACGGCAUGUGCGAUAUGUCGUCAUGAAACCACCCCGUGCCACACCUGCAAUGUUCUUCUGCACAUUCACUGCUUCAGUCCUUUCCAUGACAGCAGCUGAACAAUUAUGCUCAAAUUUCCAAUUAUUGCUGAAAAUGGGUAUUCAUCAGAAAUAUUAUCGCCCUAUGAAUCUAAAAUGUAAACAUUCAUGCCUCAAACAUAUUUACAA